AUGGAUAUGGUUUAUAGACUACCUGGUAACAUUCACAAUACCCUGCCUAUUUCAUGUUUAAUUUGGAAUGUUCAAGGGGCGAGAAGUCGUGCCUUUAUGGCGGCGUUAAAAGAAAUUCUAAAAAGGAAUAAGCUUAAUAUUGUAGUGUUGGUUGAGACCCAUAUGAGAGGUGACCACGCGGAAAAACUAGCUAGGGUUUUUGGUUUUAGUGGUCACACUAGAGUCGAUGCAGUUGGUUUUUCUGGUGGAAUUUGGGUUUAUUGGCGUCAAGAAGAGGUCACUGUUGACCCCAUCAUAAAGCAUGAUCAGUUUAUUACUAUGAAUGUGACUCGCGUGCGGGAUUUCAACGAGACCCGCUACCCAUCUGAGAGAAGUAGUGCUUGCUAUGACACCACUCGGCGCUCUCAAUCCUUUAAUACAUGGAUAGAUGAAUUAGAAUUAAUUGAAGUUGAAUUUUCAGGGUCCCUUCACACUUGGGCUCGAGGCUUAACUCCGGAUACUCGUCAGAGUGCUCGGUUAGACAGGGCCCUUUGCAACGGUCCUUGGGGUUUAAUGUUUGAAAAUGCUAAGCUUCGCCACCUUCCGGCUAUCCAAUCUGAUCAUACUCCCCUGCUCAUUUCCCCUAAUGGGUUUAUUCCACUUCAGAGUAUUCCCAGGCCUUUUAAGUUUCAAGCGACGUCUGGAAUAAAGAAGUCUUCGGCAAUAUUCUUAGAGGAUAAACGCCAUCUUCUUGCGCGUAUUGCAGGGGUCCAAUAUGCUCUUACUACUCGAAAAGAUAGAGGCCUUAUCAAAUUGGAGGCUAAGUUGAGACUUGAACUAGAUGAAAUUCUUCACAGGGAGGAAACUUUGUGGUAUCAAAAAUCCAGGGUCGACUGGCUAUGUGAUGGUGACAGAAACACGACUUUUUUCCAUUUGAGCACUUUGAUUUGUCGAUGGAGAAAUAAUAUAGUCUCCAUUAAGGAUGGUGAUGGUAACUGGAUUCAUGAGAAAAGUUUGGUUAAAAAUCUUUUUGUGGAAUUCUUCACCUCUCUAUUCACCGAGGAGGGGGAGACCUUUUGGCUGUACCGCAAGAUGUUUUCCCGGAAUUAUCAAGCCGAGAUUGGGAUGCCCUUUCUAAACCUUAUUCCAAAAUAG